AUGCUCUUCAUAAUUGUCUGUCUGGUACUUGCUGGCGUGGCCUUCCUUGCCGGGGUGCUGUUGAACUGCUACAUCAUCUUUGUCGCCGGCUGCCGUAUGGGGAGGACGGCCAGCACCAUGUGGUUCCUGAACCGGGCUGUGGGUGAUUUCAUUUUUCUCAUCUUCCUGCCCCUCAGAUUCAUCUUCAUCCUGGACUUACACUGGGCCACGAUGCUGAGCAACACCAUCACCUUCUUCCACAUGUUCUCCAGCUCCUUCCUCCUCAUGGCCCUCACUGUUGAUCGCUGCAUCCUCAUGGCACGCCCUGAGUGGGCCUGGAACCACCACACGCCCCACCUGUUUUUCAUGAUUGUUUUGGUCAUAUGGGCCCUGUCUGCUGGGUUCAGCUUGCGGUACGGUGAUCUCUGGGUAUCCUUCCACCCACAUGUCGGCAUGCGCACUUAUUUCCGACUGCAUAAAGGCAGCUUGAGUGCUGGUGUUCCGAUCCAGUUCCUGGUCGGGUUUCUGAUCCCAUUAGCCUUGAUCUUAAUCCCAACCUUCUACAUCGUUCUAUCUGCCAAGCUGAGAAGGAACAGGCUGAUCCAGUCCACCAAGCCACUCAAAAUCCUUCUUGGCUUGAUCCCAACGUUUUUCCUCUCCUGGCUGCCAUAUCAUGUUUUCUCCUUCCUGCUGAUUUCAGCUAUGUACCAUCCAGCUUUUCUGGACAUGGCAAAUUUUUUUAUUUCAGUCCUAACUUAUUUCAGCACUUUCCUCAACACCAUCUUCUACCUCACCAUGGAGGAAGAGUAUCUAAGGUAUCGGAAACGUGCACGCACCUCCCAAACCACUGACAACUUGGGUCCAGGUCAGCUGAAUAUGAGAACGGAUCAAAUUGUCAAUAUUUGA